CCUCCUUCUUUACAAAGGGAUUGAACGUCUGCGAGGAUGCAUCGCGGGCGGGGCUUAAAGGGCAAGAAACGUAGAGCACAUAGCAGCGGCCUGCAUGCUGUGAACACUCGCUUAUUGGUUCAGGCUUUUUGAAUCCAAGUAGGGCAUCUUCUUGUUUUGGGGCAUCUUACUUCCGUGUUUUCUGUCUCCUUAUGAAAGGUUGAUCUUUUCAUAAAAUCUAUAAAAUCCUCAAUUGUUUUAGGUGUCACCUCCAAGAUGGCUAUGGUAAAGAGUGGUUGGCUCCAUCGACAAAGUACCAUACUGCGUCGGUGGAAAAGAAACUGGUUUGACUUGUGGGCUGAUGGACGACUUGUGUUUUAUAAUGAUCAACAACGGCAGGACAUGGAGGAUGACAUCCACAUGAGGGUUGACUGCAUUAACAUCCGCAACUCUGCUGCUUGUCAAGAGCUGAACCCACCGGAAGGGAGGAUGCGUGAUGCCUUGCUGCAGAUAGUGUGCAGAGAUGGACGGGUCAUCAGCCUGUGUGCAGACAGUGCAGAUGAUGCUCUGGCAUGGACCAUGGCACUUCAGGAUGCCAGAAUCAAUGCAGUGGUAGCUACCCCUCAAAUCGGCUUUGCACAGGAAGUGAUGGCUACUGCUCCCCCCUACUCUGAAUAUGCUCCCCCACAACAGCAGGGUUAUGCCCCAGGACCAUAUGGAGACUAUGUUGCACCUCCACCACAUGUUACACAGAUUGUAUACUCUCCGGAUGGGCAGCCCUACGCUGUAGCUUAUCCAUAUCAGUACCAAGGUGGGUAUCAGACUCCUGGAGUGAACCACGUUGUUAUUCGGGAACGCCAGCGCGAAGACGGAGGAGAUGUGGCUUUUGGCAUGCUGGCUGGAGCAGCAACUGGUUUGGCACUGGGCUCUCUCUUCUCUGUCUUCUAGUGUCGUUGAAUAAUGUAUAUUUAAUAGCACACACCCCCUGUAUUAGCAGCAUUUGGCUUCUUCUCUGUGCCAUCACAUGAGUCGGAGGAAGUGUGUCUGUUGGGCUACUUUCAUAAAUGGAGCAUGAUUGUGAUGGGCAGAGAAUCACUGUCGAUGUGUUCUAUAUAUUCACAAAGUAAAUACUGUUAGCACUUUGUCAUAUGCCCUGGGUGGCAAUUUCCCAACCCAUUUGUGUUGUCUGAAUACGAAUGUUCUUAACCAAAAAUACAACAUUUACUCACUUUUAAGAGUUAUUUAAAUGACAAGAUGCUACUCCUUUUAUGUACUGUAAAUUUCAGGUCCUUGCUAUUUUUCAAGUUUGUUUCUGUUUCAUGGAGCACAUUGGUCCUUUUAUACUUGCAGAAUUAUCCUAAAAGCCAUCAACUGUUGUUUUAUUUUAGUUCUUGUCUUACUGGUUUUGAUUCACCUCUGUGUCUUCUACCUUUACUUUAUUUUACACUUGUUAUUUGGGUAUUUUGGGUUGUGAAUAUGCAGUUUUUCUCUAAUUAUUUGUGGUGGAGGCACUCGAGAAAAGUUGUGUAAAACAACAGAGUGCACAUACAAAAAGCAAUAAUCAUUUACAUUGUAGCAUUUUGAGGUACCUGCUGGGAUGGAUGUCUGAUGUUGUCUCCACCACAAAUAAGUGUUGGUAUGAGGGAACGCAUUCACACAUGUGCUUUGAUGUGAAAAGGGACUCCUAACUGAUAUUUGCAUGCAUUAUUUAUUUACAUUUUGCAUUGGCAGCUCUUGAACCAUAUUUUUGAAUUGUUUGAACAUAUAGAAUUUCAUUUCAGUAGGCUUGAUGUGAUAUGCACACCAAUCAGUCUCUGGAGAUUCAGACUCUCCAAUUAAAUAUGUUACUUAAGACUUUAUAUAUUCACUUUGAAAUAGCAACUUGUGCUAAAUUAAAAACGUGUUUGCCUUUAUCUACACACUUCAUAUCUUUACUGAUGGCACUAACGGAACAGAUGUUCAAGACUUGUAUUUCUAAAGUAUUUCAUUUCAGCAAAUUAUGAGCUUCUGCAAGCAGCGUAACAUUGAUGUCAGUUUUAUAUAUAUAUCUUAAAGUGUUUAAGAUUUAAACUUACAUGUUGUAUUUAUCCUAUCAAAUGUAAUCAAUAAAGCACCUUCAUUUAGAGUAUAUAUGGCAGUUAAUUAAUGAACGUAUGUUAACAAUUAAAUAUAUUCAUAACGUAAAUAAAGACUCCUGUAGUUUC